CGGGCAGGACUUGAGCAGCAGCGGGAGGACUUCGAGUCCCAGAGGGCACUGAGAGCGGGAGCCCGUGCCACGGCACUAGGUGUGCUUCAGGAGGAGGUGGCUGUGUCUCCAGCCAGAGUGGCUCAUUUUUUCCCACCCUUGCCAAGCACGGAAAGGCGAGCGGGCUCCCGGGGUCUGGCCCCGACGGUCACGUCCCGAGUGGUGCCGGGCCUGAAGCGGCUGGGGCUCGUUUCCAUCCUUGUGUAAAAGGGCAGUUCCUGAUCAGAUAAAGUCAUCAUAGUCCAACAACUGGAUUAGAGGGUUAAUUGAAGAGAGUGACUGUAAAAUUUGGCUCCAGCCACUUCCCUGAGGAGAAGAAAGAGAUGAACAUUAAGGAGACCUAAACAAAUAAUCCUGCCACAUGGCCGACUCACUCAGGAAAGGAUAAAAGAAGAAAUUAACAUCUUGGAUGAGAAAUAUAGUAAAAGGAGAAAAAAAUGUCAGACAAUGUUUGUGUUCCUUUGAAGUCAGAAGGGGUUCCAAGGAGUAAGUCUGAAGGAAACUUGGUUGAAGAACAAAACUCUUCUACACAGUAUAAUACAGAAGUUUGCCAAGACAGCGAUGUGUCUCCUGAUUGGCCUGAUGUUAACCCCCAGCAUGUCAGUCCUAUUUUCAAGACAACAAAUCCAUUCUGGCAUGAACUCUCUGCUUCCAACCCAUUCUUGGAUGAUAUAGCUCAGUUAAGAAAUACUGAGAAGAGUACAAACACAUCCAUCUUAAAAGAAGACCCCUCUCUGUUUUUUCGAGAAAUAGAAGAAGAUAGCUCUUCAGGUGAUGAAUUGAAUGUUCAUCAAUUGCUCAGAAAGUCUUCAUCAAGGAAAUCUGGGAAAUCCAAGAGUGUUUCAGAACUUUUGGACAUCAAGGAUGCGACACUGAGUACAGAGAUGUCUGACCAGAUUUUACCUCAUGACACACAAUGGCUUCAACAUGACCGGGAGGCUUAUAAAAUGGUCUGGUUGAGUCAACGUCAACUGGCUCGAUCAUGCCUGGAUUUGAACACAAUGAGUCACAGUCUGGGUUGGGCUCAAACGCAAGUGGCAGGCACUGUCAUCAUUUGUAAAUUGGACCACAAAGGAGGCUCAAUACAACUCCCGGGAUCACAUAUCACUGUUCAUGUGCCUCAGGGCCAUGUAAAGAUUGGAGAGUUCCAAGAAGUUACUUUGAGGGCUCUCCUGGACCCUCCAAAAACCCUAAAUCAUGACCUGUCAUGCACUGUGAGCCCACUGUUGGAAGUUAGGUUAAGCAAUCUCAACACGAUGGGAGCUAUUCAUUUAGAAAUGAAAAUCUCAGGUGAAGUGAAGCAGGACCCUUUUAGCCAAAUCAUGGGGAUGCUGACUUGUUUGUAUAGCUCUCGUAAAGAAGGUCCCUUCAAAGAACUCAGUAUCUACUACAUUUACAAUGACACAGUCCAAGUGAAAUUAUUAGAAUUAAGUCAUGUGAUGUACAUAGUUAUCACAGCUCAAGCCAAAGCCAUUCAGGCCCCAGCCACAAGUGUGUGGGAUUAUAUCCACAGAACUAUAUAUGUCGGAAUCUAUGGACCCAAAUACAUCCAUCCCAGUUUCACUGCCAUCUUUACUUUAUGGGGACACAGCUAUAUGCCACGCAGGCUCACCAUUACUGAUAUUAACAGGAGUGGCAAGAACGUGUCUCCAGUUGUGUUUCAGCUCUGGGGGAAACAUUCCUUUUUGCUUGACCAGCCUCGUAAUCUAUACAUUUCAGUCCUCUCAGAUGAUAUAGAUUUUGAAGUGAAAGGAGAUGACCAAAGGAAAGAAAUUAGACGAGAGCAGCUAAAAGGUGGAGAAGUAAUUUACCAACAAUUUCUUUUUUCUGCAGUGGACAACAAGGUCUUGCACACAUUUGUAUUCCUGGUCCAGAUAGGUAUUCCCAAUGAAAAUCCUGUGACACAGUUUUAUGUUAGGACACCUGAACCAGCUCCCAAUUUUAGUAGGAUUCCUAGUCAGUCAAAUUCCUUGAAAAUGGAAGAAAUCAAAUUCUACCCCUUUCCCUCAGUAGUAACUGAUAAAUAUCCCAAGUUUCAAGAUAAAAAGUUACGCUUUAACCAUUAUGGUGUAACCUUGAAAGCAUUGUUAAGGCAGAACAAGAUGGACUACUUCCUGGAAUAUUUCAAAGGGGACACCAUUGCCCUUCUUGGAAGAAGCACGGUGAAAGCUAUUGGUCAGACUAAAGUCAAGGAAUGGUACGUAGGCGUCCUCCGGGGGAAGCUUGGUCUUGUGCACUGCAAAAAUGUCAAAGUGAUUUCCAAAGAACAAGUAAUUGAUAUGUCAGAAAGUGCAUUUACAACCCAGAAACUUCUGGAACAGGCUGCCCUUCCCUUUAAGAAGAUGACCUAUAUCUAUUCAACUGUGCUGACCUUGGUAUCUGAAAAAAUUUUGGACUGGAAAGCUUUAGCUGAUGCGCUGGGCUAUUCUCAGCUGACUACAGAAGAUUUUGAUCAGAUGCAAGUUGACAAAGAGACAGAAAGAGUGUCUUAUGUUGUCAAGAAGUUGAAGGAAGAUUGUCAUGUGGACAGAAAUAGGAGGUGCUUUCUUUAUGAACUUGUGGUUGCGCUGCUGAAGAUAGACUGUCAAAGACUGGUUGUGCAUCUUAUCCGAGAGACUGCGAUUCUGACUUCAGCUGUCAAACUAGGCAAAGGCUGGAGAGAGCUGGCAGAAAAGUUAGUGAGACUCACAAAACAGCAAAUCGAGGCGUAUGAGAUCCCUCACCGCGGAGGAGCCGGAGAAGUUGUCACAGAGAUGAUGUGGAAGCCUGCAUAUGAUUUCCUUUAUACUUGGGGAGCACAUUAUGGAGAAAGUUACUGGGAUGUGCUGCAAGAUUUACAACUGGCUUUGGACAGAAUGAAAAAUCCUGUGACCAAACAUUGGCGAGAACUAACUGGGGCCUUGAUCUUGGUGAAGUGCUUGGAAGUUUUGAGAGAAGAAGACUUGCAUGUCUCAGAGGAAGAAUAAUUUUCUUUUGUUUCUGAGGCAGGGGAAAAUGGGAUAGAUCAUGUGCAAAGAUUUGGUGUAUUUUUUCAUGUUUUUAGGAAAAAUCUUGUUCUUUUGACAAGGACAUGACAAAUAAAAGCAUUUUAAUUACUUUCUGUCAAAUGCAUGGAUGGGUGUCAUUGAUAGAAAAAAAUAUUUCCUUUUAUUUCACAUAAGAAUCUCUAGAGACCCAGUUUCCUUUAAAAAUACCUUUAAAAAAUAUUAACAGUAUGGAAGGAGGUUUCAGGGCUAAUAGAAUGAGUUACCUCCAUGUGCAUUAAUUCUGGGAUACCUUGAAUAUUCAUAGCUCUGAACACUAAGCAUUUUUAUUAUUACAUUAUAUUUAUAUAGAAAAUUGCUUUCCAAUAAAAUGCAAUCUUUCAGUAGUACUUAAAACCUAAGCAAAUUUGUCUAUGUCUGAUAGCUAACAAGCAUUGAUU